ACGGACCUUUAUGAGCAAAAUCUAUUUGGUUUGACUUCAGGAUUGCUUUCGCAUUGCCUCAACAGGUGAAAACUUCAAACACUACCAGUCGAGAAAACUGAAACUCAAGCUAGAACAGACCUUCGGCAUCGCUUCUUCCACGUUGGAGAAGUAACCUGCAAACAGAAUUGAAUCAAAUACAGAAAACCAUGGCACGGAAUUUAUUGUUCUUGAGUGUUGUGCUGCUUGGUUUCGUCACAAGUAUUGUAGCCUAUCAAAACAGUCAGUGGGUCACUCGAAAGCCGCAGAAACCAGCACUUCCUCCCAAGAAGCCAGAAAUUUCAGGCCACCGUAGGUGUCCUCCAGUGCGCUGUCUGAGUGCUCCAAACGAUGAAGUAUGCUGCGUCAUAAAACAUGCUAAAUGCAACUGCCACUGUGUUAAGAGCCAAAGUCAGUGCUCAGCCGAAUCAACUCAACUUUGUGGACUGCAACAUAUACCCAUUUGCUCUAACAAGUAUGGUAAUACGACAUGCCAUUGUGCGACUCGAGGGCAGGGCAAGCCACCACAGUCUCCCGUGAAGCCGCAAACUUCAGUGCCGCCAGUUCAAGGACAUCCGCUGCAAAAUCGACCACCAAGUACUCCUUCCGGAGGGCCAGCAGGAGCAAUGAGUUCACAGGUGGGAACCAGUCGUCCAUCGUGCUCCUUGCCGCCAGCUCCAUGCGACGUCAAGAUAAGCAAAUUGUGCUGUCUGGUGGUGUACCCUGAGUGCCACUGCAAGUGCGUGUCUCAUGAUAAAACCUGCUUAGCGUCCUGGGAAGGUAAAUGUCAACUACCACGUGUCAUCGACUGUGACAAGACAGCUGGGCAGCGAGUGUGCCGCUGCGCAGUUCAACGACCACAAGUGGAAGGCUUGCCACCGACCACUAGUUCGGGAGGACAAAGAGGAACAGAGAUUUCAGCGGGAGGAAUAAGUGGUAGUUCGUGUUCCUUGCCGUCAACUCCAUGCGACGUCAGGACUACCAAGUUGUGCUGCCUGGUGAUGUACCCUGAGUGCCUGUGCAAGUGUGUGCCACAUCAGACAGGGUGCUCAAUGUCGUGGGGAGAGAAGUGCAAAGCGCCACGCAUUAUGGAUUGCGACAAGGAUGCUGGGCAACGAGUGUGUCGUUGUGCAUCAUCGCCCUCCGGAUGACUGGUUGAUAGGGAACGUCCUUGCUGGGCACAGGGCUGGUGCUGCACACAAUCACUCAAAAUAAACUCUUAAUUUGCAAAUGAA